ACCCGCUCAAACGCUCUACGGUCACCAUGCGGUUCACCGACCGAGCCCCCCCUCCUCACCUCGGUCCUCCUUUCAAUUCCCUCGCUAUCCUCGGCCUUUUACCUUCCCGGUGUCGCUCCGACUUCUUACGACCAAGGCCAAUCCGUCCCCCUCUUUGUCAACCAUCUGACGCCCGGGCUGUCGCGCGACGACCAGCUUCAUUCUGUCUUCUCAUACGACUACUAUCACCCAGCAUUCCACUUCUGCCGGCCGGAGGGAGGUGCCCAGGAUGUUAGGGAAUCUUUGGGAAGUAUUCUGUUCGGCGACCGGAUCCGUACAUCCCCGCUGGAGCUGCACAUGGCCAAGAAUGAGACCUGUAAAGCGGUCUGCGGGGAGGUAACAUUUGACGAUCGGAGCGCCAAGUUCACCAAUCGCCGAAUCUCGCAAGGAUAUAAUAUCAACUGGAUCGUGGACGGACUGCCAGCGGCGCAGCUAAACUACGACGGAAACACAAACACCCAGUUCUACAACCCAGGAUUCUCGCUGGGCGACUUAGAUGAGAAUGGCCAAUCCGUGCUCAACAAUCACUUCGAUAUCGUAAUCGACUACCACCGUGUGGGUUUCAGCGGAAAGGACAAGUACCGGGUUGUUGGGGUGCUCGUGCAGCCCGAGUCCCGGCUCGAUUCGCGGAUUCUGGACGAUGGGACCGCCGAGUGCGGCACCCAAGGGAAUAUCCUCAGAUUGAGUGAAGAUGGAGAGACGCCAGUAACCUGGACAUACAGCGUUUACUGGAAGGAGUCGCCUACAGCAUGGGCCACCCGCUGGGACAAGUAUCUGCACGUCUACGACCCGAAGAUUCACUGGUUUUCCCUCAUCAACUCGGCCGUCUUUGUCGUUUUCCUGGUGGGGAUGGUCAGCAUGAUCCUUGUGCGUGCGCUCAAGAAGGACAUUGCUCGCUACAACCGGCUGGACCAGAUCAGCUUGGAUGAUUUGGAUGGCACUUCGGCUGCGAUUGAGGAUGGCAUUCAGGAGGAUUCAGGAUGGAAGCUGGUCCACGGCGAUGUCUUCCGUUGCCCGAAGUCACCACUGCUGCUGAGUGUGAUGCUAGGCAACGGUGCUCAGCUUUUCAUGAUGACCGGUGUGACUGUUGCAUUCGCCCUUCUCGGCCUUCUCUCUCCCGCUAACCGUGGCUUCUUGGCCACUGCCAUCCUCCUGAUUUCCGCUCUCUUCGGUGCCAUUGGAGGUUACGUCUCGGCUCGCGUGUAUAAGUCGUUUGGCGGCGAAUCUUGGAAGCGCAACAUUAUCAUGACCCCCCUCUUGCUUCCCGGGGUCAUAUUCGGCACAUUUUUCCUGCUCAACCUGUUUGUCUGGGCCAAGGGUUCCAGUGGUGCCGUACCUUUUGGCACCAUGGUCGCACUGGUCUUGAUAUGGUUCGUUAUCAGUGUGCCAUUGAGUGUGGCCGGUAGCUGGGUUGGAUUUAGGCAAUCGCCAAUCGAGGGCCCAACCAAAACCAAUCAGAUCCCCCGACAGGUGCCUCCCAUGUCAGGCAGCCUGCGCACCAUCCCGUCGAUCCUCCUGACUGGUAUUCUCCCCUUCGGCGCCAUCUUCGUCGAGCUAUACUUUAUCAUGACCUCUCUCUGGACCAACAAGAUCUACUACAUGUUCGGGUUCUUGUUCCUGUGCUACGGUCUGAUGAUUAUAACCUCUGCGGCCACGACGGUCCUACUUGUAUACUUCCUGCUCUGCGCCGAGAAUUACCGGUGGCACUGGCGUGCCUUUGCGGGUGCCGGUAUGACUGGUUGCUACGUCUUCCUGAAUGCCCUUACCUUUUGGGCAACGAGGGUCAGCUUCGGCGGCCUGACAGGCGCAGUGCUCUACGUGGGUUAUUCGGCGCUAAUUGGCUUCGUUGUUUUUAUUCUGACUGGCUCUAUUGGCUUCUUUGCCAGCUGGGCAUUCAUCUACCGCAUCUACGGUUCCAUCAAGGUGGAUUAA